AUGCGUCUCUUCCUGCUGCCCAUAUCCACGCGUCGCUCCCUUAUCUACUGCGAGAAGCUGCACGAGAAAGCCCCCAAGGACCGCUCCUACUAUGACAAGAUCACUAUAAAGGCCAAUGAGACGUGGGUCGCUUGGGAAAAGGAUGAAAAGGCCAUCUGGGACUGGAAGAAAAAAGUCACCUUCUACGGCAACCACGCCCUGAAGCGCAUACCCUACGAGGAAUGGGGGCUCAAGACCAUACCCGCCCUCACGGCGAAGCGGAGGCAGGACAUUGUAGACGGAAAAGCAAAAUAUGAGGUCCUGUUCCCUGGAAAGUACCUGCCGCAAGAGAGAGUGUCGGGGCUGCUGGAGAAGCUGGCAAAAGAGAGGCAGAACAUGCACCGGACCAAACUGAUCUGGAGCGUCGUCAUCAUGCCCUUCACCGCGCCCUUUAUGCUCGUCCCCGUCAUCCCCAACCUACCCUUCUUCUACGUCCUCUACCGGGCAUGGAGUCACUGGAAAGCCUUCAGCGGCUCCAAGCACCUCGAAUUCCUCCUCAAGCACAACCUCCCUACCCCCGCUCCAUCGGGCACGCUCGACCAAGUCUACACAGCCGGACUCAUGUACCCAACCCGCGCACUCUCGCGUGCUGCUCCCGACCCAACACCACAACAGGCCCAGCAGGUUGCCAAUGUCGUGCACCAGCAGACCAACAACGAGACCGAAGACGUCAUGGUCUUGCAACGGUGGAACGGAAAGCUCAUCGCCGAGCAAUUCGACCUACCCGACAUGGAGGUUGAGAUUGAGCGCGCUGUCGAGCAGGUCGAGAACGCCAUCAAGUCAAAGGAGAAGAGGAUGGAGGAGAAGCUGGAGCAAGAGAAGGCUGCUGGGGGUAACGGCACAAGGGCAAAAGACGCAUUGCCUGAGGAUAUCCUGGAGAAGAUACACGAUAAAGCUGAAGAUGUCGCUGAAGAGGGUAAGCAGAAGGCGAAACAAGCAGCCAAGCCAUGA